UACACACACACAUAUCUAUAUGCGGGCACACAGACACACAUCGACGCGCUGACGCACACACAAACAGGAACACAAGAGAAGAGCGCUCUUUUCUCCGCCGCUGACGGUUUUUGUCUCGUUUGGAGACGAGAACUCCAAACAGUAUAAGGAGUCAUGGAUGUAUGGAUGAUCUCUGCUCGCAGUCGCUGGUGGUGGAAGCUGCUGUUUUUCUCUCACGUUCUCCAAAGCGCUCUUUGCUCUAUGCUUGAGUGCCCGCCAACCUGCAGCUGUUCGCCGACAGAGAUCUACUGCACUAAGUCUGACAAUGGCAAUUUCUUCCCUUUACUGGCCUUGCAAGAGACCGGAGGCAAUGGCAACACUAGCAACGACAUUGAGGACCUUUUCAAGAACAUUACGUCCAUACACAUUGAAAACUGGACUGGCCUGCAGAUUCUGAAGGAUGUGGACAUGGAGCUGUACGUAGGACUGGAGAAACUAACAAUCAUGAACUGUAAUCUCCGCCAGAUUCAGCCUCGCGCCUUCGCUCAGAACCCCCAUCUGCGUCACAUCAACCUGUCGAAGAACCCCUUGUCCACCCUCUCCUGGCAGCUCUUCCAGAGCCUGCAACUCAUCGAACUGCGCUUGGAGGGGAUCCUGUUCGACUGCGGCUGUGGGAUCCGCUGGAUUCAGCUGUGGCAGCAGAGAGCCAUCGCCGGGCUGAAUGGCCAGCGCCUCUACUGCAAGCGGGGAGGGGGCUCCAAGAUCCCGCUGCGCUCCAUGCACAUCCCCCACUGUGACCUGCCGGACAUCAGUGUGACCCACAGCAACCUGACAGUGAUGGAGGGCGCCAACGUCACCGUCACCUGUAACGGAUCUGGCGUCCCGCUGCCUGAGGUGGACUGGACUGUCCACGACCUGCAUUCCAUCAACAUGCACCAGUCGUUCGUCUACCCCAACAACAUCCACUCCAUCAAUCUCACCCUCUUCAACCUGAGCCGGGAAGACAACGGCUUCACUCUCACCUGCAUUUCGGAGAACGUGGUGGGAAUGACCAAUGCCUCCAUCCAUCUCGCCGUGCAGUACCCCCCGGUCAUCCUGAAGCUGGAGGAGCCAGAGCACCGUCACGAGACCUGUAUUGAGUUCAUGGUGCGUGCCAACCCCAGCCAGCCCAGCCUGCGCUGGUUCCAUAAGGGCAAGGAGAUCCUCACCAGCCCCUACAUCCGCGUGGAGGCUGAGCAGUACCGCGACUUCCAGGAGGGAUGCCUCAAUUUCCGCAACCCCACCCACUACGAUAACGGCAACUACACCCUUGUGGUUUCCAACUCACUCGGCACUGUCAACAAGACUGUGUUCGGACACUUCCUGGAUGCUCCACCGUUUACUGACGGGGCAGAGAUUAUUGUCCUGGGUACUCCCACGCCGACGAACGAGGUGCCAAACAUCCCUGAGGAGGAUUCCUUUGGGGUGUCCAUCGCCGUGGGCCUCGCCGGCUUCGCAUGCGUCCUCCUCAUCGUCCUCUUCGUCCUGAUCAACAAAUACGGACGCCGCUCCAAGUUUGGCAUGAAAGGUCCAGUUGCGGUCAUCAGUGGUGAGGAAGACUCCGCUAGUCCUCUUCAUCACGUGAACCACGGCAUCAUCACUCCGUGCACGCUGGACGCUGGGCCGGAUGCAGUGGUCAUCGGAAUGAGCCGCAUCCCUGUGGUCGAGAACCCCCAGUACUUCAGACAUGGACACAACUGCAACAAGCCCACCACCUAUGUGCAGCACAUCAAGCGGCGAGACAUUGUCCUGAAGCGAGAGCUGGGCGAGGGUGCGUUCGGGAAAGUCUUCCUGGCAGAAUGCUACAACUUCAGUCCCAACAAGGACAAGAUGCUGGUAGCUGUCAAGACCCUGAAGGACCCGACAUUGGCAGCCAGGAAGGAUUUCCAGCGGGAGGCAGAGCUUCUGACGAACCUCCAACAUGAGCACAUCGUGAAGUUCUACGGCGUGUGUGUCGAUGGAGAUCCGCUCAUCAUGGUGUUCGAAUACAUGAAGCACGGAGACCUCAACAAGUUCCUCAGAGCCCAUGGUCCUGACGCCAUGAUCCUGGUGGACGGUCAGCCCAUGCAGAGCAGUGGUGACCUGGGUCUGUCCCAGAUGCUGCACAUCGCCUCCCAGAUCGCCGCAGGGAUGGUCUACCUGGCCUCUCAGCACUUCGUCCACCGCGACCUGGCCACACGCAACUGCCUGGUGGGCAACGGCCUGCUGGUCAAGAUCGGAGACUUCGGCAUGUCCAGAGACAUCUACAGCACCGACUACUACAGGGUCGGAGGUCACACCAUGCUGCCCAUCCGCUGGAUGCCCCCAGAGAGCAUCAUGUACAGGAAGUUCACCACGGAGAGCGACGUGUGGAGCUUCGGCGUCAUCAUGUGGGAGAUCUUCACCUACGGCAAACAGCCCUGGUUUCAGCUGGGCAACAACGAGGUCAUCGAGUGCAUCACCCAGGGCCGCGUGCUGGAGCGGCCGCGGCUGUGUCCUAAGGAGGUGUACGACGUGAUGCUGGGCUGCUGGCAGCGAGAACCACAGCAGCGGCUCAACAUCAAGGAGAUCCAGAACAUCCUGUUCGCACUGGGCAAAGCCACGCCCGUCUACAUGGACAUCCUGGGCUAGUCGAGGCAUGAGGAGGGAGACGCGGCGAUGGACACAGAGACACACACACACACGCGCGUGCGCCCUUGCGCCCGUGUACGGUUUCUGUGUCUGUGUGUGUCCACACACGCGUGUGCCAACUCAAAUCCAGGAAUAACCAAACCAACCUUACUGCUCCACUGUACAAACAUGGACAAGCUGGGGACGGACUCAAGUGCCUGCUACUUGCUCUUUUUGUUUUUGUUUUCGAUACACUGGACAAAACUAUUUAAAGACGAAAACAAAAUAGAAAAAAAGAAUGAAAAAUGAAUAAAAAAAUACUUUUACAUUUUGUUUACUCUCAUACAAUACACAGUGUACAAAGCUAUUCUACAAACAAAGACAAAAAAGAAAACUUUUUUUCUCUUUAAAAGCUGAGACAAAUUCUAUAAGGAUAUGGAAAGGUGAUAUAUAUAUCCAGCUGGUCUUUGCAACCAGUUGUUUGUAGGUUGGCAACAACAUGUAUGAAGAGUAAGAUUUCCAGUGUUUGAUUUUAUAAAUAUAUAUAAAUAUAUUAUAUAUAUUUUUAUUUAUUUAGUGUUUUAUCGGAGGUACGGAUUUCUGAUGUGUCUGAUGCUAAGACCUGACCCCUCCCCCUUUCUAAGAUGAGUGCUAUUAGCUGUUAGUCUGAGCUUUCAGAGGAAGGCCUUACUAUAAUCUGAUUGGUUGGGGCUUCCCGAGGAACGCCUUUCUACAAUCCGAUUGGCCAGAACCAGGCUGCCAGGGAGCUAGACUUUUUUACUUAAGCUGAAUUGAUAUGUCACAAGUCCUAGCAAGGGUGGGGUGGACCUUCAAUCAGUCAAAAAAUACACAAACAUAAAAAAAUACACAAACAUAUAUAUUUUACUUGUACUUGAUUGUACAUAUUGUACAUUUAUAUAGGUGUCAAACUAUGUUAACUUAUUUUUUCCUACCUAGGGCAUUUUAGUUGUUUUUUUGGCUAUAUGGUAGGUUAAUACUCUAAAGCUACUCUAAACGUGUGCGUUCAGGAGGGUGUUUGUGUCAUGUUCUUGUUCAUUUUAGCGCUUCAAUCUGAGCAGAGUGGAGCAGCGUGAAGACAGCGCCACCUCAGGUGUCGGACCCGCAGUUGAAAAAAAAAAAAAAAAAGCGAGAGACGUUUGGAGCGCGUGUCCUGGGAGACUGCUCCAGUGGGGAGCCCAUGGAGUGUGCUGUGCUGUACUGGGUGUAAAACAGUGUUUCUCUGUGUACUUCAUCGUCUCCCACCACCGUACCACACAGGCCAGUCAAGUCCAGUGACUGAUGUCUUUCAGAUCGUUUGUGAUCCCCGAUAUGGGACGGUCGCAGAUGCGUUUACUAGCGUGGAUGUUCUCGUGGGACUUACACGUCAGCCGUUCCCCCUACAGCUCCCGUGCGUGGAAAGUGGUGCUCCAUCGCCAUGGUUUCGAUAGCGUGGCCCAAUGAAAAUGUUUGUUGCAGCGAGGCUGUCGUCUUGGCAACGCUCCCACAGGCUCCACUUCUUCUGAAAACUUUACUUCCUGCUUCAAAAACCUUUCAGAAUGUCUUUGGGGGUUUUUGUUUGUUUGUUUGUUUGUUUGUUUUUUACUUUUUUGUUGUUCAUUUGUUCUUUGUUUUUUGGCUACUUGCAAUAUCAGAAACAUUUGCAAAGAAGAUAAACUGUAUAAGACAUUAAAAUGUAUGUAUAGAUAAC